GCUCUUCUUUCCUCCUUAGGACCCGCUUUGCCGUCCCAAGGUGGCAGCAGCUAUGUACGCGCUGCGAUCUCUUCUGCUUCUGCUGUUGCCUCUGUGUCCUGGUCCUGGUCCUGGACCCGGUAUCGAGGCAAAGGUUACCCGGAGUUGCACUGAGACCCGGCAGAUCCUGGGUGCCCGGGGAUAUAGCUUAAGCCUACUCCCUCCCGCCCUGAUCUCAGGUGAGCACCUCCGGAUCUGUCCCCAGGAGUACACCUGCUGUUCCAGUGAGAUAGAGCAGAGGCUGACCUGGGAGACUGAGGCUACUUUCCGUGGCCUGGUGGAAGAGAGUGGCUCUUUCUUGGUUCACACACUGGCUGCCCGGCACAGAAAAUUUGAUGAGGUCUUCCGGGAGAUGCUCUCAUCAUCCGAGCACUCCCUGGCUCUGCUCUUUCACCGCUCCUUUGGCCGCCUGUAUGCCCAGCACACCCCCUUGUUCAGUGGCCUGUUCUCUCGGCUACGGAACUACUAUGAGAGGUCCGGUGAGGGGUUAGAUGAUGCCUUGGUGGAUUUCUGGGCUCAGCUCCUGGAGAAAAUGUUCCCUCUGCUGCACCCACAGUACAUCUUCUCCCCCGACUACCUGUUCUGCCUCACACGCCUCGCCUCCUCUGCUGACGAUUCUCUGAAGCCUUUUGGGGACUCACCCCGCCGCCUCCGCCAGCAGAUAACCCGGGCCAUGGUGGCUGCCCGGGCCUUUAUUCAGGGCCUGGAGACCGGAAGAGAUGUGGUCAGCGAAACACUUAAGAUGCCGAUGUCCGAAGGCUGCAGGCGGGCUGUGAUGCGUCUGACAGGCUGCCCCCUUUGUCAGGGUGUCCCCUCGCUGCCACCCUGCCGGGGUUUCUGCCUCAACGUGGCCCAAGGCUGUAUCGGCAGCCAGGGACUGGAUCCUGACUGGGGGGCCUAUCUGGAUGGUCUCCUGUUCCUGGCUGAGAAGCUCCAGGGCCCCUUUUCCUUUGAGCUAGCCGCCCAGUCCAUCGGGGUGAAGAUUUCAGAGGGUUUGAUGCAUCUACAAGAAAACAGUGUGGGAGUGUCAGCCCAGGUGUUCCAAGAGUGUGGGGGUCCCCAGCCGGCGUCGGCCCGCGCCCGCCGAGCCCCAGCUCGCAGGUACUUGUCGCCCGUGGUCGGGGCCUCCCAGGCCGAGCAGCUCGACAACCCAGAGCUGGAUGCGGAAGCCUCGAAGCCCGACCUCCAGGCGCGGAGGCGGCGGCUGCAGCUCCGGGCGGCCACCACCAGGAUGAAGGCAGCGGCCCUGGGACGCGACCUGGAGCUGGAGGACUGGGAUGACGCUAGCGGCUCUGGAGAGGGACAGCACUAUGCAGAUGACUGGAUGGCUGGGGCAGCGGCUGUGGCCCCCCCAGCCCGGCCUCCUCGCCCUCCUCGAAGGGAUGGUACUGGGGGCAAAGGAGGAGGUGUGAUUAUCCGCCACAACCAGGACAGAAGCAGGACUGGGGGGACGUCUGUUGGUUUUCACACCCAACCCAUCCUCAUUCUCUUCCUCUCCGCCCUGGCCCUGCUUGGACCUCGAUAACGGGGGAGGGGUGCCCUAGCAUCAGAAGGGUUCAUGGCCCUUCUCCUCUUCCUCUGACCCAGCUGGGUCAGGGGAGGAAUCGAAGGGGGCUGCAGAAAGAAUAGAGAAGGGACUUUUUGGGUGAAUGGCUGGGGCCCCAAAUCCAGGAGAUUCCCAUUGGUGCAUUGGGGGGGGGUUCACAAUAUUUAUUUUUUCAUUUAGUAUCUAGGGGGGAGGGGCUGAGGGUAUUUAUUUAGGAAGGAGGUGUGGUCUCUCCAACCCAGCCUCUAUGAUUGGGCUGGUGGUCAGCCCCAACAAGGAGAAAGGGAGGAGUUUUAGAGUUGCAGUUGGUGGGGGGGGGGUUGAAAGGAAGUUGGAAGUGGGGAUGGGUGGGGCACCCAG